ACUUGACUUAAAAUGUGUCUCGACUAAUCGAUACUAUUUAAUGACAAAAGAAUCUUGUGUUUUUAAACUUUUCAUGUGUAAAUAAACAAAAGUUUACUUUUGAUAUGGAUCAGUACGCAUAUUUAAUCGUGACAGGAGCUCCUGACAACACUGAAUUUGGUAUAGAUCUGUUAGCAAUAAAUAUCACUGAUGAAUUUCGAGGAGUAAAGUUGAUUCCACCUGGGGCACAUUUCAUUUAUUCAUCUGCAAAAGAUUCUUUUGGAAAUACAUCAACAGCACGAAAUGGAUUUCUUCAUUACUUCAAAACCGGGGAAAUUGUUGUCAAAGAAUGGAACGCUCAGUUGGAAGAAUUGCAGGAUAGAUCAAAGGGAGAUUUGGAUUUAGAGAAACAACGCAUUAAAGAGCAUUUAAAAGAUUUAGAUCGGUUCUUGGCAAUGUAUGAGUAUGAAAAUCUGAACAAAUGGAAACAAUUAACAAACAUGUUAUCAGAAGAAGCAAUCAAAAGACUGUCACCUGAAUCUGGAAUGAUUCGAAAUUCAAUUGAGUUCAAGUCAUGUCCUGAUAAAGAUCGACCAAGAGGAAAGCCCGAAGCACCCAUAAGAAAUAUCAAAAUAAGGUCUAAUGAAGAUGAAGCUAUGUAUUUGCCCAAUCUUGAGAUAAUAACAGAAACUCAGCCAAAGUAUUCAAAACUUCCAGAAAGAUUCACAAAGACAACUCCACCAGCUGAUGUAACAUUCAACAACAUCGACACUGUCAACUUAGUGGAAAAGCUUUUUAAUGAAAUAACAUCCAAAACACAGCUACUCGAAGAGUUGCAACAUUCUUUUAUCGUAUAUUUUUGUGGAUUUUCAGUUGAUUCACUUUCACAUUGGAGACAAAUCGUUUCACUUCUUUGCAAUUCAGAGAGAUCUGUAGAAAAAGACAAAAAUUUCUACAAGAGUUUUGUAAAUAUAAUUAAGCACCAAAUUCCGGAAAUUCCAGUUGAAUUUAUCGAGCAAAAUUCUUCAAACACAAUUUAUCAAGAUGUUCGCAAUCUUCUAAGAAAUUUGGUAGUGAAUAAUUGUGCUGAACUCUCAGAUAAUCUUCAAAUGCAUUUAAAAAAUUACAUUGGAUGGACUUUUGAAGAUUUUCUUGAGGAUGACCCUGAAGAUCUUCCUCAGAUUGUUGAAAUGUAAGAUAAGAAAACUUUUAUUCCUGAAUAAAAGAAAAUUUGUAACGGAAAUUUUUGAAUGUAA